AAAAUGUCCCUGGCCCGGUGCUUCGUGGGGGUGGGAACGGGCUUGGUGAUUGGCCUCGCGUUUCGGGGGCCCAAGGGCCGGGAAUUUGCGCAGGGCGGGAUCACGGACACGCUGGGUUUGAUGCUCACGUCGGCCAUCUUCUUGCUCAUUACGAAUUUCUUCCAAGUCGCUUUCACCCUCCCGGGGGAGCUCCAAGUCUUUUUCCGGGAGCGGCUGGCGGGCGUGAACCGGGUCAGCACCUACUACGUGGCCCAUGUCGUUCAGUCUUUCGCCUUCCUCCUGGUCUGGACCUUGGCCUUCUGCCUGGUCACCUUCCCUUUGGCCCUGAACGGCCUGACGCUCCGGCAGCUCGCGGUUUUCUUCUUGACCGUCACCUUGUCGAACAUUGCCUCUACGGCGUUGGGCUACGUGGUGGCUAUCUCCACUCGGAACGAGGCGGUCGCCUUGGCACUGGUUCCUCCCAUAUCGCUGCCCAUGGCCCUGUUCGCCGGAUUUUUGGUGGAACUGAACACAGUGCCGCCUUUUUUGGCCUGGCUGCAGCAUUUGUCCAUCGUCAAGUACACGCUGCACGCCCUGGUCUUGGAGGCCUUUGCCGGCCAAGACAUCCAUUGCCCCCCCUCGCUCUCCCACCCAGGGGAAGGCUCAGACGGGGGAGGUUUACCGGGCGGGGCCCGUUGCGUGUAUCCCUCCACGCCCUCGGUGUUGCGACGAUGCUCAGCAGACCAGCAUACGUUGGAGGAGAAUUUGAUAAUGCUGGCGGGGUUGGGCAUAGGCUUGUUGCUCUUGGGAUAUUUGGUGUUGGCGCGGCAGGCGAUGACGGUCAAGGUGCGAUAGGCGCGACGGAGCGAGGAAAUAGGGGAAAGCGGGAGAAUGAUAUGGUGGAAUCGCUUGAAGGGCCGGUGGGAGGACGGAUGGGACGUCGGGAGCAAACUACUUGGUGUGACCAAUCGAUAAGAGGAGG